UGCAAUAAUCGAGACUAGCGUGCGUUCGCACAAAACCACUUCAUAACUGCUUGGCUACACGUUCAAGUUAAUUUGCGCGCUGUUCGCUUUUCGCUGCUCGCCUACUCAACUCGUAAUAACGGUUUAAGAACAUACGCACGCAUACAUUAAUAAGCUCGCAUAAGCGCGUUUGUGUGUGUGUAUGUAGGUGUGCGUAGUCCGCGACAUAUUUGUGCAAUUGGCGUUGACAGCGCUUUUUGUCAGCGCAAGCAUUUGACACCAAACACAUUCGCGACUCAUACACGCUUGCCGAGUAGCACGGCAAUUGGCCAUUCAACAAAUCGGCUUACGUUCAAAAGCGUUUAAGCGCUUGCUGUGACGCGUUCCGUUGAAAGUUGUGAAGUUGCGCCUAAAUUAAAUGGCAAUUUUGUGAAAAGACAAAAAUCAAAUAAAAGUGUGUGUGCAAAAUAACAGAAAAUAAUGAAACUACUUACUUAAAAAGUAUACCAAAAGCCGUUAACUGUUCUAAAAUUCAUUGAAAAUUAGUUGAAAAAAACUAUUUUUUGAAUUAAAACUACUUUUCUUAAAGUUAUACGCGUUUUAUCAACUCCUUCGGUAUAAAUAAUAAGUGCAGUGUUUUGUGUUUCCGUGAGUUUAUACUAAAUUGGCGCCACAACACCUCACCAUGUCAUCAACACACGAACAUGAGGAUGAGGAGCGUGACGAUGUUGAGGAUGAACAAGAGAUUCACGUUGAUGUUGAUUCGGAUUCACGUAUUUCCUGUGGCAGCGGCUCCGACGUGGAUAUGGAAGGCGGCAGUUGCUAUGAUGAAAUGGAAACGCCGCUAAGUGAAUCCGUGCAGUCGGAGCAAACGCGCUCAUCGUCUAGUGAGAAUUUACCCUUUAGCAUAUCGCGCCUGCUGUCGAAGCCCUUCGAAAACAACAACAAACAAAGUCCUGAAAAAGACAUACAGAGUGAACAUGACUUAGCUGCGUACAAGUUGGCCACAAGCAUAGCAACAUCGACGUAUGGCGGCGCCACCGCACUCUAUACAUAUCCGCAUCUGUAUCCCACCGCAGCUGCGGCGGCCGCUGCCGGACAUGUACUACGCGUACCGCCGCAACGCACACCGUUAACCUGGGCGCUACCCCCAUUGCAUCACGCCGCUUUGGCACAUCAAGCGGUCAAGGACAGAUUGGCAGCUGCCUUUCCCAUCACCCGUCGCAUCGGCCAUCCGUAUCAAAAUCGCACACCACCAAAGCGGAAAAAGCCCCGCACAUCCUUCACACGCAUACAAGUCGCCGAAUUAGAGAAACGUUUCCAUAAGCAAAAAUAUUUAGCGUCCGCCGAGCGAGCGGCACUUGCGCGCGGUCUUAAGAUGACCGAUGCACAAGUGAAGACUUGGUUCCAGAAUCGGCGCACGAAAUGGAGACGUCAAACGGCUGAGGAGCGCGAAGCUGAACGUCAAGCGGCAAAUCGUCUGAUGUUAUCCCUGCAGGCAGAAGCAAUUAGCAAAGGAUUUGCGCCACCACCAGCCGCGCAACUGUCCACACAAGCGGUUAACGGUGCUCCAUUGGCGGCACUGCACGGACUCCAGCCCUGGGCUGAGACACACGCGGCUGGUUGCUAAUCCUCCCCACACUAAGGACAAGCCGGAACCAGAACCGUAUUGGUGCACCAAAUAUCUAAGUGCAGUAAAGUUCAUUUGUGAUAUGCUUUGUAUAUAUAGGAAAAUCUACUACACUUACACAUACAUACAUACUAAAUAUUAUAUAUAAUAAAUACAAGCAAACGGAAUUAAUCUCAACAAAAAUUAAGUAUUAGCUAUACCGUUUAAUUUAUAAGCGUCAAGAGGAAAAAAACUUAAUUACUCUGCAAACUAAAAUAAAACUAAGCCGAACUUAAGUUGUCACAGAGGAAUUCUAAAAUAAAAAAGAAAAACAAAAUUGAAAGUGUAAUAACAUUUUUGCAUUGUAGAUGUAGCUGAAACCUUUUUUAUUUAUUGUCAGGUAAAGUUAUAGUGCUUUUGAAAAAAGUAUUUAAAUUAUUUAUAACGAAAUAAUGAAGUCUUUGUAUAUUUAAUUUCCUUUGUGACAAUUUGCUUUUAAACUAAAAAAGGCUUCAAUUAAAGUUCAAUUUUAAAAUUAAUAAAUAGUAUUAAUAUGUAGUAAAAAAUCAAUUAAAAUAAGCUAAGUAAUUGUAAUGUAUAUAUAGUAGUAAGCUAUUGACAUUCGUUUUUAGAAAUUUUUUAAUAAGUUAGAUAAGCAAUUAUGGCAUAUGACUGGUUAUUGCGCAAAUAUCACAACAAAAUAGGACGAUAAGUAGCACUUUCAUACAAAUUUUUUACUUGAGCCUUCAAAGCGCAUUUUUAAAGAACAAAGAUUGAGUUGGGAACUAUUUUCAAUGCUAAUUACACUGAUUUUAUAUGAUCUUUAAUCAAAUCGAGAAAAUAUUAAUCAUAUUAUUAAUAGCAUAUUUCUCCAAACAAAAACAUUACGGAACUAUAAAAAUGUACUCGGACUAACAAAAAAAAACAUUUUCAAGUAUUUUUAUACAAAUCUUUAAUAUCGCCUUCAAAAUAGGGGCCUAAGGAUGGCACUCGUUGAAGACAAUCAAUUUUGUUUUUUUUCGGUGUCGACUCAUUUUUAGAGCGACAUUCUAUGGAUUGUUUCGACACCUAAUUAGAAGUUAUGAAUACAGUAAUCCGUCUCUAGACCUUCAAAAAUCAAAGAUUUGCUGUUUGAGAGUCAUCGAUUGACAAUUAGAGACCUCGCUGAUAGUAUUGGAAUAACAUUUGGCUCAGCUCAAAGCAUUUUGAAGAACGUUUUGUGUCUCAAACGCAUCAAGUCUCUAUUGUGGUGUCUUUAUCACAAUAAUGUGUCAUGUCAUACUGCAGUGGUCUUCGCGACUAUUUUGGAAAAAAUUCGACUCAUAGAUACAUAUCGUUCCUCAAACACUGUGAACGCUUGGCUUGGCUUCAUGCGACUUCUGGCAAUUCAGCAAACUCAAAAGUUUUGACACAAUUAAGGUGAUAAAAACCGAAUCGAAAAAAGGUCUUGAAGGCUACAGCGGAAGAAUACUAUUCCGACUGUUUAGAGGACUGGUAAAAGCGUUUGCAAAAGUGCGGUUUAUCGGACCAGGAUUACUUUGAAGGGGAUGAAAUGAACUUGGAAGAAAAAAUUAAGAAUUGAACUACAUUUUAUAGACAAAUUCACCUUAGUUUGUGCUUACAGUAGUAUAGGUACAACCGAUAUUCGCUCAGUUUAACUGAGACCCAAUCAUUCAGGAUUAGCUCCUAAGAGCUACUAGCAAAAUAUUGAAAUACUAUAUAUUUGCAAUCCUAUAAAUUGAAAAUUAAUUCCUGGAGCGGAUGUACUCUAAACAUAUACCGUCGGCUUUAAUACAUUUUUUUCAAUUCAAAUAAACUUCCAGGCAUUAUAUAACAUUGUCGCUUUAACUGAAAUAUUUUAAAGCAAAUGAGUGCAAAUAGAACAAUCGUAAUAACUGUCGGUAUGCCAUAAACGCUUUAGUACAUUUAGAAAAACAUAGAUUACUCCUUUUUUAACACUUGCGUUUGCUUAGACAUAAAAAAAGACGAGAAGAACAACAGCACAAACACUAAAUCGCUUGCGAGACUCUUUCCGACUUCAACAAAGCUUAGAAUAUUUUAAUUAGUUUAGGUUAACUUUAAAUAAAACCGCAAGAAAUCGUGUAUAAAAAUCAGUAAUAAUAAAACACGAGGCAUUAUUUAAAAUAAUAAAUGUACAAACUUAU